GUUCCAUAUUGUUCCAUCGUUCUCCAUUUUUUAUUUUAGAUUUGGGUAUAUUCAGCAGCGCAGGCAUAAGACUAGGGUGAUUUCACUUUGAGAAGCUUGCGACAUGCUUCUUGGCAAGCAUGCUUUUGGCUGCUUUGACCCCUGCAUAUUGGAUCCUUCGGCUCUCGCCAGUUUGUGGGGCACCUGCCUGGCUUCCAGACGUCGAAAUCGACGAUUACGAGUGCCGCCGUGCAAUUUCAAAUCCCGUGGUUAAUUGGGGCGUUUUGCGACAACGAUUUGGAGAUCUUUCAAGAUAUGUGCUGGAAGAAAGGACUAUGUCGAUGAAAAGAGAAGAUGCACUGCUUUCUGACAAGGUGCUUUUGGAUGUGCAAAUGGAGCUUUUGGAGUUUUCUGCAGUGAUCUUGUGGCGCUUUCCCGCCGCUUUGAACGAGUGUCCUUUUGGAGCAGUAACAGCUUCGAUCUUUGCCACAUGCAUGGCCUUCAUUCGGCAGGAGCUUUCUGAGCUGGACACGACCGCCUUUGAGAGCCUUCUCAAGUCUCCUUACGACCGGUUUCUAGCUGAUUUGAGACAGCAGUCGUUGGUGGAACUGCUGUCGCGAGACCUUGCUGUUCUUUUGGACUUGGCACCCUUGCAUGUCACAGCAGCCACAGAGUGGUCUUCGUUUGCGCUGCUUCAUAUAUACCUACCCAAGAUACAGGUUAAGCAUUACCAGUUGCCGCAGCAUUCUCAGACUUGCUCAGGUGCAUCCGUUUCGGGCUACACCGCAGAUCGCAUUCGGGAUCUCCUACGGCGCCAUGUUCCAUACGCUUCAGGACGUGACAUUGAAGGUCUGAAGUUUUUGCGAGGUCUCGAUGGUGUUGUGUCUGCGGCCAUGAAGGAUCCUCGGGAGUUUUCCACUGCCUUUGUUCAAGCGUGCCCUGCUGGGUCUGCAGCGUUUGCUAUUGCAGCGGCGAUGCUGUCUCUUAUGUCAAACCCUUCCUUGUUCGAGCGCUUCAGCAACCUUGCCCUGUGGGUAAUGCGAUCCUACACCUCCGAAGUCUUGAGAGGUGCCACAACUUGGAGUGUUUUUCAUGGACUUGCAAAGCUGGGGCAAUUUGCAUUGAGAUCUUUUGACUUGGUGUGGUCAGCGGAGGAGUUAUUUCAGCUGCCCGAAGAUCAGCACGACUUUGACAAACUCCGUGAUCCAUCACUUCGAGCAGAGCACCUGGAACAUGCGGCGACCCAUCCCACCACACGUGAAAUUGCGGCUUUUCUUCGCAGGGUAGACAGGGUCAAAUACAGCUCCGAAGCCAUGGUGUAUAUAACUGCUGUUGGUGGCGUGCCUUUUUCCAAUUACAUUGAAGGAUUCGUGCACAGAGCUUUUGUGGUUGGCAUCUCUGCAUUGAUUAUCGCUUGUAUGGAUGCGAUCGCGUUGGAAAGAUGCAUGCAGGUCGUGCAGGGCACAAGCGGUGCUGCUGCAAGUUCAAAACCUGGGUCCGACCAUGUGCUGUGCCUUUCGGCAACGGAAGGACACGUGAUAUUCAUCAAACAUGCCUUCUUGCCGGUUCUUCUGAGUGCUGCCGUGGAUGCAGUAUGGAUUGACUUUGACACCUUUAUCCUGCAGGACCCAUCGCACGCCUUUAUUUCAGCUCGCGAUUCUCCUCAUGAAGUGCUUCCGCAACGCUCCAGGGUGCGCUUUGGCUCCUUUCUCUUCUACAACGCCUCAGACCUGUGCAAUCUGUCCAAAAUAUGCGAUCCUAGGCAGCACUGGGCAUUCAACGUGACAACUACAACUCCUGAUUCUCCUCUGGAUUACCAAGGGGUAGAGAUGUUGGUGACCGAGCAUUGGGAUGCCAGAUGUCUAAACAACGGUUUGUUCUACGUCCGCGCAUCAUACCGGACCUUGACUUUCUUCACUCUGUUUCUGAAGCAGAUAUACAUCAAUCCCUACACCGACAAUCAAAAUUUGUUUGAUGCUUUCCUAUCGCAUUCUACCCUGGAUGCAGCUGUACCGGAUGCACGGCCAGUUCUGCGCUAUGUCUUGCUUGAUGUUGACCAGCUAUUUGGAUGUGCCGAGGGUCAUGCAAAUCAGGCAGCCUCGGGCGAACAAGGCCUCCUAACAUUCCACUUCUGGGCGUCUGACUUUCGAACCCGAGAAGCAGCUGAAAGCGCGGAUGGUCCUGACGCCUCACGAAUUAUUGCCCGCAACGGCGUGGAGCGAGUUGAGAAAGUCAGGGCUAACAAGGAUGAGCUCUUUGACAUGUUCUUCAGUGAAGCUGCUCAAAAGGAAUAUGCAACCCAUGGCAAGUCCCAUGGCAUACCACGGGCCGGUGCAAACUUCAUUGCCCAGGUGAAAGCUCCCAAGCCAAACUGGAGAGGCAUGUGUUCUGUGACGGCCGUGGGUGUUGAAGAUUUGGUUGAUGAGCGUUUACUUCAAGGACAGCAGCAGCUCAUAGACUGGCAAGCUGCAACACAUGUUGUGACAGAGGGGGGCUCUUUGGAGGAAACGAUUGGCACAACAAGGGACGCUUCAGCUUGGAAUCCUGUGGGGAGUUCUGCGGCUAAUGGAGAUAAUGUUUCUGCAUUGAAGGGUAUUGCAUUGGAAGAGUGGAUAGAUGCCUUGCAAGCACUUGGAGAGCUUAGCGAGAUGCUCAGCAAACGGCCAGAGGUGCAACUUGCACUAGAAGUGCACCAGACUGGUAGCGAACCACGUGCAAGUGCACUUGGUGCUCGGCAGGCUCGCUUUGCUCGUUUGUCCGUCGUCCAGUCCUUGAAGCAUCGACUUCGCUCUUUAGAUGUGGGAACUCUCCUCACAGUUCGUGCCUUCCGUCAGUAUGGCCCUGAAAGGCUACUAAAAGAGCUUGAGGAAGUGAUGGGAUUGAAGGAAGUCAACUCUGAUGGGGCACCAGGAUAA